AUGUCGAAUGCUCGUGCAGUACAAGCAGAUAAUAAUAAAAAUCAAAUCUCUCAAUCUCAAUUUCCCGAGUCGCGGCAGAACGCCAAUAGUGUCACCUCUCUAGUCCUACUCAAAUUGGAGCCUCAAACUCAAAAAGACCCUCAGGUUCCGAGUACAUUUGAAAAUUCGAGUGCAGGUGGUACCACACCAAGCUUGGAGACGCCAGUUUCCAGGCAGAUCCAGCCCAAGACAACAUGUAGAGAUAUCCAGGAGUCGGUAAUGGCCGUCGACGUUUCGGUUAAAUCACACUCCCAGCCACAUUCCACAGUGGUAUCACAUCAGGAAGUCCAAUCCUCUAACCAACCAUCGCAUGUUGAGGGUGAUGAAUUGAAGUUGGUCCAUGCUGGACAAAGCCUCGCUAAUCGAAUUUCCGCUCUCGAUAUUGUUGACUGCUCCACACGGCAGAAUAGUACCAUGUGUCUCACUAACUCACCAGAAGAACACCUAGGAGUAGAAAGUCCGAAAUGUGUCUACAAUCCGUUCUUAAUUCAUCGACCAAACCACUCGACCCAGACUUCGCAAAUAUCUUUGAUUCCAACGCGUGAGAAGUUACUCUCCCAUCCUCAUCAAGGUGGCACAGGCAAGCAUGAUCCGCUAAAUAAUAGAGGGGGAUUUAAAUCUUCAAAUUUUGGCGGCGAGGAGAAUAAAAAUUAUCAGAGACAAAAUCUUAGCGAAAGCUCCCUCAACUACAAGGAGAGAUAUGUUACGUGCCAAGAUCGGGUUAUACCGUGUAAAACUUCUGUGCUACAGUUCGACAAGAAGUCACAACUCGAGAACUCAAACAAAGCAUCUUCUCAAUCAUCAAGCAAAAAUCAUGUGCAUGCGGAGAAGGAACCAGUAUUUAAAGAACCAGAAAAUAAGCUUAUCAAGAAACAAAUCCAAUCGAGAGGUAAAAUCUUUGGUAUAGAAUGCAAUUUUGCACCCACAAGAUUAUUUUCUCGGAAAAAGUCACCAGCUCCAAUCGAAGCCUCUUGCGAUGGCCGUACAAGAAAACCUAGUAUCCGCCUUAAGGUCAUGGAUGUUAAUGAGAACCGGGAAACUCUACAAAAGACAGCGUUAAUUCAAAAGGCACGAGAAACUGAGCAAAAUGAGUUACAAACUUUACUGGAUGAUAAUAAUAGCUCUGCUGAGCAAGAUGUACAUCAAAUGUCUAUUGCACAAUUUGAUUAUUAUCAUCGUGGAAAAAGAUUUGUACAGCCCUGUUGUGGUCCAGGUACUGUUGUCCAAACCUGCCAAAGUCCUGCUCUUCGUGCCCUAGUAGACAUGGGUAAUCGUAAGCCUAGUGUGGAUGAAAUUUUCUCGUCUCUACCAUUUGUUGAAUAUUGUCGGGUAGUGCAGGAGAACAACUUUGGCGUUAUUAAGAUUAAGAAUAUUCCGUAUUCCAUCAGCCGGUCUGAAGUUCUUGCUUUUCUAGGCCGAAAUGCUCGUCUUAUUGCAGAAAGUGAUAAUGAGCCUGUCCAUAUUGUUAUGGAGCGUGUGACUAGUAAAACCCUGGACUGCUAUGUCGAAUUUAUUAAUUUUGAAGAAGCUCUAAAUGCUGUACAUCGUUUCGAUCAAAGUAGGGUUUGUGGUCGUAGCUGUAAGAUCGGUCAAAGAAGAGUCGAAGUAGAACUUUCUUCACAGGAAAGCCUGAUGGCAGACCUCUUUCCUAAAGCCAAAAAUGUAAAAUGGAGCGGAUCAAUUCCCACAAUACAGCCUAGGGAUACCAAUGACAACUUCAACUCAGGGUUUCAGGGAUUUAUCAGCAAAGAAGAAUUGAUCAUGUUGAUUAAGCAUGUUGAAGUCCCUCUGCGGUCGCCAUUUUCAAAGGAAUGUCCACAACGACCAUUUGAGUGUCUAAUAAGUACAUUGUAUAAGUUUCCUUGGUUUAUGGUUAACCACAUCACAAUUGAGGACAGAGACUUUCUGCACAGGACUACCAUGCAAAUGUUGAGGUUUCUUAGAGAAAGAGUAAUAUCUGAUCACAGUAAUAUGUAUCUCACGCCAAUGCUGUACAAGCGCGUCUGGCGUGCAGCUCUCAGAUGCCGUGGCUUCUCACCCAGCCAGAAAGAUGAUAUUGUUUUGCUGGUUGGCUUGCCUUGGGAGAAGGCCCAGGAGUUUGGUUUACCUCCAUUCGCAGCUUUCUGGAAGCAUCUCUGGACUAUCGGGGCCCACCCUAGCGCACCCUGUGAUUUGAUUAUGUGGUAUAUCGCUCGGAUCCGCGAGUUUACCGUCGAUAAGAAACAAUUGUCCUUGGCCGAGAAAGCUACUCAAGGUGAUAAUAUCGAGCUUGAACUAUUUGGUCUGUUGCACAAGCAUAUAGAUUAUGGAAAUCAUUCUGAGUUUAAAAAAUGUACACUCGCUCAAGUUGCUGAGGCUGAGUGGGCCGGGAUGGAGAAGAUCCUGCGGGGAAUCUUCGACCCCCUUUAUCUCGUAUAA